AUAAAAACACUUAACCUGAAAAUUUACAUUUUAGUAUAAGAAUUUCUCAUAUUUUAAGUUUAUAUAGUAUAUUGUAAAAAUAAGUUUCAAAAAGCUACUAUGGGGUAAAUCUCUAACAAUGAUUGAAUAGAACGAUGUACAAUAUUAACUGUAUACGUAUAUAUUUCUUGUAAUAUACCUUUAAAAAUGAAUGACAUCAAAGAGGAUUCCAGAUUUAAGAGCUACAUAGGAGAAACUGAGCUAGAGUCCAUAACACUAGAUGAUUCGCAAAGAACCAAAUUUCUGGAUGGAGAAACAAUUGUUUGCGAGGCACAAAAAGUGCUUAUGUAUGCCCCGUUAAGUGAUAGAAAGAAACAUUUGGUGGGAGUUUUAACCAUUACAACUUUCAAGGUAUCGUUUGCGACUGCUGAAGAAGUUGAGUUCUCAAACUGUUACCAACAGAACCUUUUAUUAGGUAUUAAUGAUAUAUGCUUGUCUUCCAUAGAUGUCAUUUAUCAGGUGGGUGACAGAACGAAGAAAAAAUUAUCGCCCGGUCAAAAUGUUACUGGAAGAGUAAAGGAAAUAUUGAUAUUAUGCAAGAAUAUGAAAUAUCUUGAAUUUAGCUUUAAAUUUAGCGACAAGGAUAGCGGGAAAAAUAUUGUUAAUGCUUUACUUCACCAUGCUUAUCCAAAAAGGCAUACGUUAUUAUUUGCAUAUGAUUAUAAGGAGCCCUAUAUAAGUAAUACCUUGGUGAAAGAGGUUCGACUAUUUCAAACGAGGUUGGAUUGGGAAAAAGAAAUAAAAAGAACAAAGUGUCAAAACUGGAGAAUAUCUCAUGUAAAUGUCAAUUAUCAGGUGUCGCCCCUCUUAUUAGAGACUAUUAUCGUGCCCCAGUCUGUAACUGACAAUAUCAUAAAGGAAGCAGUGGAAAAAUUCAGGAACAGAUGUUGUCCUAUUUGGGUGUGGGGUACAUCGAAAGGUGCAGCUCUAGUCAGAAUGGCGGAUUUACUUCCCACCAUUACAGACCGUACCGAGGAAAACAAAUUGUUGGAACACAUACGUAAAAGCCACCCAGAAAAGAGAGCUCCGUACAUAAUCGAUCUCUCGUUGCCCACCCCCAAAGAUAUAAAUACUAGUUAUCUUAAGUUAAGGGAACUUUGUACACCUGAGAACACCCGCGUUUUCAAGAGUCAAGAUUUCAAAUUUUAUGGGUUGCUAGAUAGUACAAAGUGGUUGUCUUACGUUUCCGUUUGUUUAACGAAGGCCAAAGAAGCAGCUGAACAAAUCAGUAUCUGUGAAUCUACUGUGGUAUUGCAAGAAGGGAAUGGACAAGAUCUAAAUUGUGUUGUGUCCAGCCUAACGCAACUAAUUCUCGACCCCUUUUUCCGAACGAAAUUCGGAUUCCAAUCGCUAAUACAAAAGGAUUGGGUAGCUCUGGGCCAUCCAUUCGCAAACAGGCUCGGUCACAUCCUCUGUAAGGAAAUAGAACAAUCUCCGCUAUUUCUGCUCUUUCUCGACUGUGUUUGGCAGCUGCUUCAACAAUUUCCUACCGCUUUUCAAGUCAGCGAGACCUACUUGACUACCUUGUGGGAUUCAGCGCAUAUUUCCGUUUUUGACACAUUUCUGUUCAACUGUCAGCACCAGAGACUUAUGGCGGAGUUCGGUUCUGGCAACAGUCACCCCCCUCUAGUCCUACGCAGCGUAUGGGACUGGCGGGAACAGUUUUCGGAACGGGAUAUCGGUCUGUUCUGCAACCCGCUCUUCGACGAUUCCUACAAGGCCGUCUUGAAGCCGCAUACUGGCCUGGCGGGUUUAGAAAUCUGGACGCAUUGCUACUUCAGGUGGCUGCCGGAUUUAGAGAUCAGGAAAGGCGGAAGACCUCAAAUCGAUUUGUACAGCAGGUAUCUUGUUUCGGAAAUUCUCCAGAGCCAACAGGGCAUCGGGGAACUUAACGGGAAAUUUAAUCGGAACAAAGAGGAAUACCUGUCGCUGACGAGGAAAGUAAACGGUUUUUAUCCCUUUAGCCAUAAUCCGGAAUUAGUGUCUAGCGACCCCAUUAAUAACGUUCUUUUAACUGGAGAUACGUUGGAUUCACAGUCUAUACUUAAUUUUAAUAACGACUGAGUGCCUAAAUUGAAAACGUAAAUGGCCUGGCUGUAAAAAAAUGUUUAAAAAAAAAUGAUCGCAAAAUUUGUGUUUUGUUUUAAGUAGCCAAUUUGUAAAGAUACAAUAAUAGAUUAAUUUUUAAUGGUUAUGAAGCUCUAGGGAUGGACAGUCCCAAUUGGCAACAAUUCUGCAAAAAUUUUUUAAAUCUGUCGAUUUCUGAUGUCCAAUGAACCGUCACAUACGUCUUGAGGUUUAUUUUUUAAAUAAAUAUAAUUAAAUUAUAUGUAAUUAAUUAAAUCUUCAGAAGCUUUUUUUAUAUACUAAAGUCUCUAGAUGUAACCAAAUACCGUAACCGAUUGUUUUCGUUUGCCUCAAAAUGGCAGUUGAUCGCGGUACUUUAUCAACGUCUAGAGACUAUUACGUAGUUGUCCCUAGAUAUUGAUAAAGUACCACAAUCAACAGCCAUUUUGCAAAAUGACAAUUGAUUGCAGUACUUUAUCAUCAUCUAGGGACUUUAUUAUGUAAUUUCCCUAGACAUUGACAAAGUACCAACUGCCAUUUUGUAGCAAAAUCAUUACUGCCAACCUUGAAAACAUAAGUUUAAAUGUUCAGUACUGCAAUGAAUAAAUUUUCAUAUAUUUUGAAGAGUUUACACAGCAACCUAAUAUUUUGAUUUAAAAUACAACAAUUGACAUAUGUCAAACCUUCAUUUUGAGACUUAAAUAGAAACAGUCGAACAGUUCUCUUCAAUAAAUAGUACCGUUGUUGGCACCUGCAAUAAUGCUUGAUCAACUGUGAGAAUCUUCUUAAACUGAGGAGAUAUAUUACUUAUUGGAUAUAAUUUAUUUAUAUAUUAGUUUACUAAUGAAAUUUGCUAGUUGGGAAAUAUUACCAAUUGAGAAAUUUCCAUCCCUACUUGUUUUUAUUUAUAAAGCGAGCUUGCAGCAGCAACUGAUUUUUUACUGAUAAACUUGAAGGCCUAUUGAUCUCCAGAUGUAUAUUUUUUAUUUGUCUUAGAAAUAUUUCCGUUUUUUAUUUUAUAAGGAUACUAAAACGAAUAAUGGCACUUCCUCGAACUUUGUGUAAGAUCGUUUGAGAAGAUGUACGGCGUGGAAAAAUUUCAACACUUUUAAGUGAUUAUUUUCAGGGAGUAAAGGAGAACGGUUAAAAAUGUUCUGUUCUCGAUUUUCAAGAACAAUUUAAUAGUGAAGACUGCAUCUUAAUAUCUCGAUUCGCGUAAGAGAUUUCGGGCAUUUUCAAUUUUUGGCAAAUUUUUGUUACAUUGAAUAAAUUUUUACCUGUGAAAUUUUUAACAAAUUCUGAUUUAGUUUCCACUUUUUAGAUAUUUUCUCGGGAAAUGCCCAAAAGUAAAGGAAUUGGCCUACCCUGUACAUGCUGUUUGUCGGAAAAUAAAAAUGUUUAAUAUUCUUACAUUUUUAGUGCUAUUAAUGGUGUUGUAGAAGGCCAAAUCAGGUCUAGUGUCUUUAUUUAGAUGUCCAGAGUUCGGUUCGAGACACGUUAAUAAAAAAA